AUGGAUAAAUUGUAUAAUUCAUUGGCUCCAAAAUUAAAAGGGAUAGCAAACUCAUAUAAAAACCUGGCUUCUCAUACUAAAUAGAUUGCUUCUAAUACUAUAGAUAAAUUAAACAAAUAAGCAAUUUCAGGAGACAUUGUGGGAAUUAGUAAUAGAUUAUUUUGGAUGGAAUAUCCAUCAAAUGAUAAAAUAGAAAAAUUAUCGAGUUAUUUAAACACUAAUCAUCAGAAUCAUUACUAUAUAUGGAAUGUUGGAGAAAGAGUGUUUACAACAGAAUGGUUUUGCAAUUAAGUAGAGUGAAAAAGUAAGUAGGUUGCCAAUCAUUCACAUCCAGGAUAUCCAUGUCCACCAUUGAUCGAGUUGUUGAUGAUUUGCAAAAAUAUAAUCUAUUUUCUCAGUAGUGAUAGGAAUAACAUAGCAAUUGUGUGUUGCCAAGAAACAAGAGGAAGAAGUAUUAUGGUGAUAUCUUCUUUAUUGGCUAUUAUGGGAGCUGGUUAUGUAAUAAAUUAAAUAUAUUAUUAAAUCUUAGCCUGGUGAAUGUUUAUUACUUGUCUGUCAAAAAACAAACACAAAAGAUUUUUAGGCAUUAUUUCCAUCAUAACAUCAAUAUAUCACUUAUGUUGGGAAUGUUUUAAAUGGUCUUAAAUUGAAUAGUUUAUGUUUGAGAUUGAUUUCUAUUGUUGUGUCUGGAAUACCAAAAGUUCAGAAUUGCACUAUGUUCAGACCAUAUAUUUAAUUAUUCAAAAAUGAUAAACCUAUUUUUAAUUCAUUGACUGAUGGUGAACUCAAAAACUAUUAAUAAGGAGAUUUAAGUUGUAUAUUUGACCUUAAAGGAAUUGAAGUAAAAUUAUUAUAUACUUAUUUUUAGUUAUCAGAUGAUAUAUUGGUUAGAUGCAAACAUUUUGAAAAUAAUAAAACAAGAGUGGCUUUAUUUAGAGUUAUGUUUAAUUGUUCAUUUAUAUUUGAGAAUGUUCUUAGAGUAUAUGAUAGAGAAUUGGAUAAAAGUCCAUAAAUGAAAACUGAAAAAGAUUUUUUUGUUGAUUUUAUUUUUGAAAGAGGGAAUUAAAAAUCAUUUUAAACUGCAGAAAGACCUUAAACUUUUAGUAAUGAUACAAAAUCUUCUAAUUAAUUAUUAUUAUAAAUUGUUUAGGAAUGUAAAGGAUUAGUUUUUAAAGAAAAGCAUAUAAUUGAUGGUUUAGAAGUAUAUUAAUAAUCAUAAAAAAUAAAAGAAGAAGUAUUUAGUUUAGGUAAUGAAACAGAAAAAAAAGAUUAUGAAGAUUCAGAUGAAAAAUUACCUGAUUAAAAAUAAUCAUAAUAAUAAUCCAAUAUUAAAAUCUAAUAAAAUGAGAUUUAACCAUAAUAAUUAUUUGUAGAGUAAGCAAAAAGCUAAUCUUAAUAAUAAUUAGAAUAGAAAUUAUGUAUUUAAUAAUAAUAAGAGAAAUAAGUUCAAUAGGAAAAAAAAGAAGAGAAAAUAAAUUAAUAAUAAAAGGAGAAUGGAUCAGAUGAAAGUGAGGAUGAUGAUGAAUAGUUUGUUGCAAAGUAUCAAUAAAAGUUUGAACAAAAGAUUGAAUAAUAGAAUAUUUAAACAAAAACAGGAGAUAGCGAUGAAGAUUGUGAUGAUUUCUUAGAUAAUUUAAUUAAAGAAGGAGAUAAACAAGAAUGA